UGGGAAGCGAGCGAGACGGUGGCAAAGCGAGUUACGGUCUAGAUGGAAAUCCGCGGCUGCACCAUGCUCUCCAGGUCCUUCCCGUGUCUGUGGAUUACAUUUUUCCUUCAUUUGUGCUGUCACGUAGGCAGCGGAGGAGCGCAGAACGCGAAGGAAGUGAUUCUACUGGACUCCAAGGCACAUCAGACAGAACUGGAGUGGAUCUCCUAUCCUCCCAAUGGGUGGGAAGAGAUCAGCGGCUUGGAUGAGAACUACACGCCCAUUCGCACAUACCAGGUUUGCCAGGUCAUGGAGCCCAAUCAGAACAACUGGCUUCGGACUAACUGGAUAGAGAAGAGGGACGCCCAGAGAAUUUUUGUGGAACUGAAAUUCACCUUGAGGGAUUGUAACAGCCUGCCCGGUGUGGUGGGCACUUGCAAGGAGACGUUCAACUUGUAUUACCAGGAAACGGAUUCGGAGGUGGGCAGGGGCUUGAGGGAGAAUCAGUAUGUGAAAAUUGACACCAUCGCUGCAGAUGAGAGCUUCACCCAGGGUGACCUGGGCGAGAGGAAGAUGAAGCUGAACACAGAGGUCCGCAUAAUCGGCCCUUUGUCCAGGCGGGGCUUCUACCUGGCCUUCCAGGAUGUCGGGGCCUGCAUCGCCCUGGUCUCUGUCAAAGUCUACUACAAGAAGUGUUGGUCUAUCAUCGAGAACCUGGCCACGUUUCCAGACACCGUGACAGGUUCAGAGUUCUCCUCGCUGGUGGAAGUGGAGGGUAUGUGUGUGGAUGACGCCGAAGAGGAGGCUGACAACUCUCCCAAGAUGCACUGCAGUGCUGAGGGGGAAUGGCUGGUGCCCAUUGGGAAAUGUAUAUGCAAAGCUGGAUUUCAUCAGAAAGGAGAUGCGUGUGAACCAUGCGGUCGUGGUUUCUACAAGUCUUCGUCCCAGGACCUCCAGUGCUCUCGCUGUCCGGCGCACAGCUUCAACGACCGCGAGGGCUCGUGGCGCUGCGACUGCGAGGACGGCUACUACCGAGCACUCUCUGACCCUCCAUCUGUGGCCUGCACACGACCUCCCUCUGCGCCACAGAACCUGGUCUACAACAUCAACCAGACCACCGUUAGCCUGGAGUGGAGUCCUCCGGCUGACACCGGCGGCCGCAAUGACGUCACCUACAGGGUUAUAUGCAGGCGCUGCAGCUGGGAGCCCGAGGAAUGCGUGCCGUGUGGUCCAAACGUGGGAUACUCUCCUGCACAGUCAGGAUUAGUGGAGACUUAUGUGACCAUCAUGGAUCUGCUCGCCCAUGCCAACUACACCUUUGAGGUGGAGGCUGUGAACGGAGUGUCUGACCUGAGCCGCACACAGAGGCUGUUUGCAGCGGUUAGCAUCGCUACAGGACAAGCAGCUCCAUCCCAGGUCAGCGAAGUCAUCAAGGAGAAGGUGCAGCAGCGCAGCAUCCAGCUGUCCUGGCAGGAGCCCCACCAACCCAACGGCGUCAUCACAGAAUAUGAAAUCAAAUACUACGAAAAAGACCAGAAGGACCGGAUCUACUCCACAGUGAGGUCCAAAUCCACCUCAGCGACAGUCAACAACCUAAAGCCCAGCACAGCCUAUGUGUUCCAGAUCAGAGCUUUCACAGAAGCAGGGUACGGCACCUUCGGCCCCAGACUGGAGAUAACCACCAAGGAAGAGGCCACAGCUGCGAUUGUCUCAAGUGAGCAGAACCCCGUCAUCAUCAUAGCGGUGGUGGCAGUGGCGGGGACCAUCAUCCUGGUGUUCAUGGUGUUCGGCUUCAUCAUCGGGAGAAGGUACGCUCUCGCGGGCCCCAUUGACUCUCCGCUCCUGCACUGCGGGUACAGCAAAGCCGACCAGGAGGGAGACGAGGAGCUCUACUUCCAGUUUAAAUUUCCAGGCACCAAAACCUACAUUGACCCUGAAACCUACGAGGACCCAAACAGGGCUGUCCAUCAAUUUGCCAAGGAGCUGGAUGCCUCCUGCAUUAAAAUCGAACGAGUUAUUGGAGCAGGAGAGUUUGGGGAGGUGUGCAGCGGUCGGCUGAAGCUGCCCGGGAAGCGGGACGUGUCGGUCGCCAUCAAGACACUGAAAGUGGGCUACACAGAGAAGCAGAGGCGGGACUUCCUGUGCGAGGCCAGCAUCAUGGGACAGUUUGACCAUCCCAAUGUCGUCCAUCUGGAGGGAGUCGUGACCAGAGGGAAACCCGUCAUGAUUGUCAUCGAGUACAUGGAGAACGGCUCAUUAGACGCCUUCCUCAGGAAACAUGAUGGUCAGUUCACAGUCAUCCAGUUGGUGGGGAUGCUGCGGGGCAUAGCAGCGGGAAUGAGAUAUCUUGCUGAUAUGGGCUAUGUCCAUCGAGAUCUGGCUGCACGAAACAUCCUCGUCAACAGCAAUCUUGUAUGCAAAGUCUCUGACUUCGGCCUGUCCAGGGUGAUAGACGACGACCCCGAGGCUGUCUACACAACAACGGGUGGGAAAAUACCCGUCCGAUGGACUGCACCAGAAGCCAUCCAGUAUCGUAAAUUCACCUCUGCGAGCGACGUGUGGAGUUAUGGCAUCGUCAUGUGGGAAGUCAUGUCCUACGGGGAGCGGCCCUACUGGGACAUGUCCAACCAAGAUGUCAUAAAAGCAAUAGAGGAAGGCUACCGUCUUCCAGCACCCAUGGACUGUCCACCAGGCUUACAUCAGCUAAUGCUGGACUGCUGGCAGAAGGACAGAGCCGAACGCCCCAAAUUCGACCAGAUAGUCGGCGUCCUCGACAAGAUGAUCCGCAAUCCUAACACCUUGAAAACCCCAGUGGGAACAUGCACAAGGCCAAUUAGCCCACUGUUAGAUCAGAGUACACCAGACUUCACCGCUUUCCGCUCGGUGGGAGAGUGGCUGGACGCCAUCAAGAUGGAGCGAUACAGAGACAACUUCACAGCAGCCGGCUACAGCUCUUUGGAGUCUGUGGCCAGGAUGUCAAUAGAGGAUGUGAUGAGCUUGGGAAUCACACUAGUGGGCCACCAGAAAAAGAUCAUGAGCAGCAUACAGACUAUGAGAGCCCAGAUGCUGCAUCUUCACGGUACGGGCAUCCAGGUGUGACGAGCUGCCGCCUCCGUCAGGUCAACAACAAACAUGGACUUUAUCAGGAGCAGCGCCGUAACCACGAGAAAGGGACAUCUGUGGUGUCUGACUCCUACUGCUGCGUCUGGAGCGAAAUCAUUCCUUGUUCCUCGGCGAAGGAUGGAGCUCCGUCUCUUAAAGGGCACUAAAGAGAGGAAAUAGACAAGAAGCAGCAAGAAAAAACUACCUGGAUGAGACGACUUUUAGCUCUUACAAACUCAACCACAUAUCAAAGAGCGCAUUUGAACGGAGUUUGACGCUCUUGUUUCUUUAUCUUAAUGAAAGAUUUAAAUGCAGACCGUGGUGAUGGAUUUCCUUUAGGAAGAAGAAAACUUGUCUAGUUGCGGUGGUUUCACUUGUUUCUUUUCGUAAACUGGUCAUUUUCUUUCUGUGUGCCGCGUGACGUGUGGCGGCACGUUUAAAACAGGGUAACUCAUAUCCAAACACAGAGGUGCAGAUUUCAAGGUAUUAUUAUUUGUGCUGAGUCAUGCUAGAACAGUUUCUUUUCUUCUUUCCUUUUUCCUUCAUGUGUUGUUGAAGUGAAAGUGAAACCCUCACAUGCUUUCCACCGAGGACUUUACAAGUAAGAACAAUACAGAAGAAAUCCAGGAGGAAAAUUCUUCUAAUCACCUGAUUUUUUAUAUGUCAGAGUAGCAAUAUUCUUUGUGUUAGUGGUCACUACAGGAAGGGUUUUGGGUGGUUGCUUAGAAUGUGUGAGCACAGUUAAAAGAUUGUAUUGAAACUGCAGCCACUGUAUGUUGUUUUGCCCUCAUUCUGCCUAAAAUCUUGCACACAGGUUUGUUUUGGUGCAUUGUUUAGUUGCAAAUGCUGUUUAAGGGUGGAUCCCAGAAACAAGUAGAUGUAAUACUGCCUUAAUAAUGUUUGGAUUUAGUAUUGUCACUAUUUUAUUGCAGUGGUAAUGCUUUCUAUGGCUCAUUUAAGUUUUGUUUUGUUUUCCUUGCAGUGUGAUGUCCUUUUACCUGAAACUUGAUCUGGUGUGCUCAGACUCAGUUUAAUGUCAGGAAUGACACAGACAGGAAGAGAUGGACUUAAAUGAGCAAUAAUUACCAGGGAGAAACGGUCCUCACCUGAGAUUUCUUUUCUAAGGUGCUAGGUAGACAUGCAUGUGCGUGCUGAACGCAGACAAACCCUUUGGAAAGAUUCAGCUGGUGCCAGGAGAGGAAAGGGAUGUACCUCUUUGACCUGAAACAGUUUGGUUCGUGCUCAGAAAACUGCCGUGCCAAGUCAUCAAAUGAAAUAAUCAUGUCGUAUUUGGCCACUCUGAUAUGCUAAACAUUUGAUGAAAAUCUAACAUGGCGUGGAAAUGCUGAGUUGAGCGGCUGCACAGAUGAAAGCAGGACCAUUUGAAACUCUAGAAAGGGGCCAAUCAGCCAUGCUGACAUCAUCCUCUGACACCUCGCACCACCCGGAAAUCAAAGAGCCCCUUCAGGGUUUGGGUUUGAAAGUGGCGGACCAGAGGAUGGAGCCAGCAUCAAACGGCCAUGUUAAAUCGCUCCGUCCCUGCUCUGCAGGAAGUCAUGCAGCUCCCUUGUUUAUUCAUGCAUCUCUGCUGCUCAUCCCUCACGGCCGCAGAUGUGACGGAACAUGCAUUAAAACGUUUCUAAGAUCGCUGCUCUUUUCUUCCAUGACUUCUUAUGGGGAACAGAGAUGAGGGAGCUUUGCAGAAGAUGUGCUAAACGCCAAUAAACCUCUUUGGUGCCAUCUGCCUCCACCUCAAGGAAAAAACGUGUUUUAUUUCAGUUUUCUUUGAUAAUAAAAUUCAUUUUCUGAGCUGUUAUGGAAAUGAAAGUGGAGCUCACAGAAGAAAACUAUUGUUACUUCCUCCACUGCGGUCGUAAGCUGAGGCACAUCUGUGUUUUCAAAGCUGUAGUCUUUUUCUUAAAGGUUUCUUCUUUUUCACCUCCAAUGCAUGAAGUGUAACCGCAUCAGUAAACAGCUGUAAAACCUUCUGAAGCUCUUUUCUCUCCGCGACUACAACCAUGUUCAGCCAGAAGCACCAAGAACACGACUCUUACUCGGGUUUGACUCUGUCCACAUGAAACCGCUGAAUAAAAAUGUAAGCAUUGUUCCAGAGCAGAUGAAGAAGAUGCUAAAAAAAUGAAGAAAUGUUUUACUAACGAGGAUGCAUGCCCUUUUUACAGCUAGCUUCAUGUGGACACACACUUACUGUAGAUCCAUUUUUAUUGUGGGACUCACCUUUGUAAAGAGACACCAGGAAUUAGCCGUGAGCAAAUCUCUUUGUCACCCUUUUAUCCGAACAGCCGAGCUCAGCAGUUGGGCCGUGGCCAGAGCUUUGAAUUGAAUACAGACGUGAAGUCAUUCAGUCAGCACAAAACUCCCCAUUUCCCAGGCAGCACCCGUCCCUCGCCCCCAACUCCUCAGACCACGCUCUGAUUUUAAACCAGGCCCCAAGCUGAGGCCCCUCACUCCCUGGGGUACCAAGCCCCUUCUCCCUUCUUUAUGUAAGUAUUUGUUUCAUCCUGUGCAGGGGAGGCAGCAGUUCAAGCCAAAUUGAGAUUAACGCCAGGGUACAAUCGAUUCAGCAUCCGAAUCACCUGCAGCUCUCCUCCGACACGAGCCGCUUCACUGUUUCCGCUUCUUUCACCCCGAUUCUUCAGGUUCCUCAGCUCUGGAAUAGGAACGUCUGUUGUGACUCUGUUUCAACAAAAAAAGAAGAAAAAACAGAAAGUGCAGGUUGUAGAGAGUUGAUUAAAAUUCGGACGUUAUUUUUAGUGGUAUGGCUUCGGCAGGGUUCUGGGUGAUUCCAAAGACAGCCGCACUGUCGACUCGGUCAGAGAGAGCUGAGGUCUGAGGGUCUUUGUAUAUGUUCUACCUGUAAAACUUGUACAUUUUAUUUAUAUUGUUUUUUUACACAUAUUACUCAGUAGAGAGCUCUGAAUACAUUGAAAAUGCACUAUAUUUUUCUAUCUCGCAGAUGAAUUAUUGUCCCCCACCAGAUUCAGUUGUACAUAAUUUUUCAUUUAGGACCAAAGACAGCUGAUAGAUUUCCAUCUUACUUUCAACCUGUUUUCACUUUGCCUUUAGUUUGUUGUACAUUAAUACAAAUUGUUGAUCUAUUAUUUAUUUUUCUGUGAUGAAAGUAUUGACAAUAUUCACUGGUCAGAAGUCUUUUCCCCACAGCAGAACUGUAAGAUCAUUUACUUGGAUAGUUUCUUGUUACAUAGACAAUUCCUUUUUGCUUUGUAACCUUUGUAAUAGACUGUACAUAUAUUUUUGGAAAUAUAAUACAAUCUCUA